AUGUCCCUUUCACCAUCGGCUGUGCUGCUCAUCGUGGAGAGACACAAGCAGGAUCUUGAAACUUCUUCAUCUUCAAUUGCAGCAAAUCCAUUCCUACAAACCAUCACUCUUCAACGAAUCCAGAAUGACCUUCCUCACCUACUACGUGCAUUGAAUGCCAACAAAGGAAACAAGCAACACGAUUCAAUCCAGGCUCAGCUCAAUAGUCUAUCAGCAUUGGUUGACGAGCAAGAUUACAAAAUACAGAAAGCGAUAGAGCGUCAGAAUGCACAAAAGCAAUCAAAGCUACCACAGCAAGCACUGUCAGUUGAUCAAUCCUCCUCUGAUCUCACAACAAACGACAACACAGAGGAGGAUUACGCAUCCCUCAGGAAGAGGCUUUUGGCCGAUGGCACAUCUACAUUUCUAGAUGACCAAAAUAAAUCCGCAGAUCAGAUGAAUGAGUACCACGAAACAUUCCAAGAAGACAUAAUCAAGGACCUUUCAGGCCUCGCCUCUUCCCUCAAAAAUUCCGCUUUUGCAUUCUCCUCAAAGGUUACAGAGGACACCAAGGUGCUUAAUGAGACCAGCGAAAACAUGAUGAAGAGUCUGUCAUUAAUGCAAACCGUCGGUACCAAUCUUAAUGGCUACUUGAACGAAAAGAGUGGCGGAAAGAUCAGCAUCUUUUUCCUCAUCAAAAUGAUGAUUCUCAUUGUUGUCGUGUUCUUCAUAGCUUUGGUGCUUAUAAACUUCCUACCAAAGAUGUGA